AUGUCGCACGACAACUACGCCGUCUUUCGAGAAUGUCUGUCCAGCACCAUAGUUGCUCGCUCGGAAGAGAAAAAGCCAACCAAGACAUCACGCCGGAGACACAAGACGAAGCAUGUUCCAACCCAGCCCGCAUCAACUCCCGAGCGGGCUGACCCAGAAGAGCUGGCGGAGUUCAUAGAUUUCCUCGCCUCGGAGACCUUCGCCUCCCUCCCCGAAUCCCUCCAAAGUCUCUCCUACGCCGCCAUCCAACACGAUCCCAACCUCGCAAACACCUACAACACCGACACCCCGCUCAACCGGGCCACCCUCGACACCCUCGCCUCCCCAAUCCCCGUCGAGAUCACAGAAUCCCUCACCGUCUACGGCAUAAUCGGCUCCCCGGACAACCUCCCUGACUUCCUAUCCCCAGUAUUAUCCGAGUACAUAUCCAGCGUGACCGCCGCGCCACCAGUCUGGAUCCAGACGCGCGCAGAGGCAUGCGAGAUCUGCGAGCGUGACUGGAUCCCGCUGUCGUAUCAUCAUCUGAUUCCGCGCGGGGUGCAUGCGAAAGUGCGCAAGAAGGGGUGGCAUGAGGAGUGGAUGUUAAAUAGUGUUGCUUGGCUUUGUCGUGCGUGUCACAGCUUUGUGCAUCGCAUGGCGAGUAAUGAGGAGCUCGCUAGGGAGUGGUUUACUAUUGAGCGGAUUUUGGAGAGGGAGGAUGUGAUGGAUUGGGCUAGGUGGGUGGGGAGGGUGAGGUGGAAGGCGAGAUAG